CAGCGCGCAGGGCGAGGAGCCACAUCCCCAGCCGCACUGACCCCCAGAGCAGAGGCUCGCUGGCCACGGACAUUGCCGACCUGACCGCCACAGGAGCCCCUGGCCCAGCCCUCGCCGGGCACCCAGCCCCCACCCGCGCUCAGAGGGGCCCUGGGGGCCUGAGCUUGCCUGGGGCGUGAUGUAGAGGCGAGAGACCCACUCGCCCCCUCGUGGUGGACUCCUGCCGGGGGCCAGGCUGCGCCGGGAAGACGCUGGACCUUGAAAGGCCCAGAGGGCAUUUUGUGGACUGAGAUGGGGCAGUAAGGAAGAGCCCGGCCUGCCCUGAGGUGGGGCAGGGCUCUUCAGGAUGUCCUGGUUGGGGGUCCAGCUGCUCUGCCCACAGGGGCAGAGGAGACCCCACCUGGCCUGCCCGGGAGCCCUGGGGACGGGCCUGGGGGAGGGGUGCACGCCAGGCUGGGUGUUGGCGUCCCCCCCCCCCCGCUUCCUGGGCUCCUCCCCAGCAUUUCCCCAGCCUGGGGCCGCUGACUCACACCCACGCCCAGGGCCGCAUCCCGCCCGGCUCUGUCACACCGGCUGGACUGGUUUGCCCGCCCAGCCCUGCCUGCUGCACACCCUGCCGCUCAGCCCUGCCCCAGAGGCCUUGCGGGGAGGAAUGCUGUUGGCGUGGGCUGGGGUCCCGGGGAGCGGCGCCAACGCCUCUGUGGAGAGAGGGGUGUGGAUGUCCUCCUGCCGCCGGCGCCGCUGGAGCGUCCUUUCUGUCAUAAAGGAUCGCGCUGUGUGUGCCCGACACGCAGGGCCAACCGCAGAGGACCAAGCAGCCACCGUCAUCCAGUGUGCCUUCCAGAAGCUGCUAGCGAGAAAGGAGCUGGCCCGCCGUCAGCAGGAGCACCAGGACUACCUGGAGCUGAUGGAGAAGCUGCAGAAGGAGGCCUUCGUGGCCCAGCUGCGGCGGGAGCAGGAGGAGGCCCGCCGGCGGCGGGGAGAAGCGGCGGCGGCCGAGCAGCGGCCAGCGCGGCAGCUGCAACGGCACCUGGCCCGGGUGGGCUUCGAGGACAGCGGUGGGAACACGCCCGUGUGCGAAGCAGCGGCGGGAGGGCAGUCCCUGGCCAUCCAGCCGCUGGCCGAGCAGGGCGCCAGUCCCAACAGCAAGGGUGCCUUCGGCCGGACGCCGCUGUACCGAGCGGCCUUCGGGGGCCACCUGGAAGCAGUGGAGGUGCUUCUGAAGCUCGGAGCUGACCCCCGGGUGUAUGCGGACGAUGGCAGCACCCCCGAGCGGGUGGCCUCACUGGACGCGGUGGCCAGCGUGCUGCAGUCGUGGGACCUGAGCCUCACGGACGCCAUGCUCCAGAACAUGGAGGCCGAGCGGCAGCGCCGGGCCCAGGACGCGGAGCAGCACAAGCAGGCGGAAGCCGAGCGGUGCGGCCACACGAACCUCAAAGUGCAACAGCUGGCCAAGGACCAGCAGCGGUGCCACCAACAGCUGCAGUAGGCCUAUUGCGAGCUCAACCGGAGGAUCGCGGAGCACGACACGCGUGAGCCGAGGGGCGCGGGGAUGGCCGAGCUCACGCUGCAGGCCGUCAAGGACGCGGAGGCCCAAGUGGACAGGCUCCGGCGGGAGGCCCAGAAGGCGGAGGAGACGCUGGGCCUGGCGAGGCUGCAGCUGCGGGAGCAGACCCAGGAGGGGGAGGAGGCGGCGCCCGGGCUGAAAUGCCAGGUCUCCGAGCUCCACGACGUGCUGAUGAAGGACGUGGGUGAUCGCAUCCGCGCUGACGGCAGGUGGCCCCUUGUCAUCAACCCUUCGGGCCAGGCGGCCACCUUCCUGCGCUACCGGGACACCAACUAUGUGGACACCGUGAACCCGGACCAUCUGCGGCCGGAGAGGAUCCGGCUGGUGCUGCUGAGGGCGCUCAGGUUCGGGAAGCCGCUGGUGUUCGAGCUGCGCGAGGUGGACCUGUUCCCCGCGGUGCAGCGGCAGCUGGAGGCGGUGCAGUCGGGCCUGGCGCAGGAGCUGCUGGGCGGCCGGCUGCUGGAGCGCGAGAGGUACCUGUCGCUGCUGCGGCCGACCGAGGGGCCUGAGUAUAGCCCCGGCCAGUUCCAGGAGGCGCGCCUGGGGCCCUUCCACCUCUUCGCCGUCACCAAGGUUCGGUGGCCGCCGGCCGAAAAGCUGCGGGUCCUGCUCCCGGUGCGCGUGCAGCUUGCCGGCCGGGGGCCUCUGGCGCUGGGUCCCAAUGAAGCGCGCGCCCCAGGGCGCCUGCUCCGCGACCGCGCACGGGGGCGGGCGCCCGGCGGAGGAGCAGCGCAGAGCCCCCGCCCCGGACGCGGACAGACAGAAGGGGUGGGCGCUGGGGUGCCGCCGGGCCGACGCACAGACAGACGAGAGGUAAAACGUAGUCAACUUUAUUCUCCUUAA